AUGAGCGUCAGAUUAUUCACUCCAUCCAGUCAUGAAGUGUUUACUGGUCCACUCCAGACUCUAGCCAAGGCUUCUGCGGGCAGUGCCACUUCUGCAAGACUAUUUACUCCGGCAAGAAGGGAUGUUUCCAUUGUAUCUCAACCACACCGUGUGCUAAAGUUGGAUUCCCAGUCCUCGAUGAAGUCUGAUGCCCAUGAGGGCGCGAGGCGUGAAAGCAAGGUUAUUGCCGGCGCAGCCCUCCUUUCCCUUCUUUUUACACCGGCCAACCGCGACACCUUUACUGCAUCGCAAGCGCGUGCUAACAGUGUCAUUGCCCGACUCUUCACACCAAGCAUGCGAGACAUGGCCUUCGGAUCAAAGCAGUCCGAGACCUACAAUUCCCGUGGACAGCAUGAAAACCACUACUUUGGUAGUUUGUCAGACCCCUAUAGCAGUAAGCAUUCGGACUUUUCAAGUUUCCUGGAAAGUCCGCACACAUCGAUACUGGUAGACGACCAAAAACCGCCCUCGGGCUACUCGGAUUGGAGUCUGGGUACAGACAGCCAGGGUGUCAGUCAGCUCUAUCCCAACAUCACCCUCAUGGAGUCUCUCCUGAUGAGCUCUAAUAUGCUGCGUACGUAUGUGGAGAGUAUCAAGGCGGGUGAAACCACGCAGGAUGAAGGUGUGCAGAAGAAGGCCUUUGAACGGUUGAUUAGACUGGUGGAGAAUAUUGUAGCUGACAAGGCCUCCUCCCCUGGACACAGAGAUAGCCAAAUUGAUUUGAAAAAGUGUGAAGCCCUCCAGAAGGUCCUCGAAGAUGCCCUCUACAGUAUCAGCCAGAAGGCGCCUGAGGCAAAGGACGACAUUACAGUCCUUAAAUGCAAUCCUAAGGAGGCUGUUCCCGUGCUUAAAUACUAG